AUGAAUGGUGGUUCGUCGAGCUCCGACCCCGAGGCUGAAAACUUGAAUGCACGAAUCCACGCGCCGCUGGGGGCAUGGCCCGGUGACAUGGAUAGGGUUGACCUCGACGGCGAACGUCUCUCCGCAUCCGAAAAAGCAUUCGUCCAUACCACAAAAGACAACGAACGCGUGUUCAAAUACUUCUACAACCUUACCAACCAGCCCAUGACCCACCUAGCUACGCGCGAGCUGCGUAUGAUGCUGCUCGCUGGUGAAGACAUUUCCGUAAAAGUCGAGGGUCGAGUGUUCACCUUUAGAGGCGACCUUGAAGGGUUCGUCAUGCCACGCGAAAGUACACUUGACCUGGGAUCUCCCAAGGCCACGAAGCGUCGCUGGAUAGAGCAGCUGCAAAAACUCGUGUCCAAUAUGCACGACAAGGGCAUCCUCCACGGCGACAUCAAGCCCGCAAACAUUCUUGUGACAGGCAAUGGGGAACUUGUCUUCUGCGACUGGGCGGCUGCACAAUUCAAAGCGGAAGCAAAAGCUCCAAACGAGGGGACAACCGCAUACCAGAGCCCAUGGAGAUGUCGCCAGUACGAGCUUCCGCUUUGUGAAUCCGACGACCUGUACGCCCUCGGCAUAUCAAUCUGGGAAAUUUGGGUGGGCCUACCGCCGUUUGAUUCAGAGAAGUUGAAAGACUUUGAAUAUUCACUUGACCAUGAGAUCGCCGAUGGACUCAAGCCUGACCUUGCUGCCGUCGACGACGAGGAUGUUCGCGGCUUGAUAGAAAUGUACUUAAAUUCACAGCCAUAA